AUGACAUCAAGGUUGAUGGGGACACAGCCCAUCCAAAUUUGUCUAUUGCUGUGGACAAGAAGAGUUUUACGUAUAAAUCACAGGCCCAGAAAGUGGCUCAAAAUGAAGGGAGUUUUGAUUCAUCUGUCUGUGUGUUGGGCUCAGAAGUUUUCUCCUCUGGGAAGCAUUACUGGGAGGUGGACGUUGAAAAAAGCAAUGACUGGGACCUGGGAAGUAAUAUGCUCGCCUAG